AUGUCAUCAUGUUCUGACAUCAGUGCGCUAUACCAAAAUGAUAAAAUUAGCGAAAAGAAAAGAAUUGUUACAAAUAUCCUUCUUUUUAUAAUUUUGAUUUGUUUUGUUUCAGGUAAUGUUUUUGUGAUAGCAGCAAUUUUAUUGGAACGAAAUCUACAAAAUGUUGCCAACUAUUUAAUAUUAUCAUUGGCGGUUGCGGAUCUAUUAGUUGCAUGUUUGGUGAUGCCAUUAAGUGCUGUGUAUGAAGUUAGUAAACAAUGGACGUUAGGACCAGAACUGUGUGACAUGUGGACCAGCAGUGAUGUACUAUGUUGUACAGCAUCCAUUUUACAUUUAGUUGCUAUUGCAUUAGAUAGGUACUGGGCAGUAACCAACAUUGAUUAUAUUCACCAACGCACAGCAAAACGAAUUGGUAUGAUGAUCCUUGUCGUGUGGAGUUUAGCUUUUGUGGUUUGUAUUGCCCCGAUGUUAGGUUGGAAAGACGAUGAAUGGGACCAUCGAGUAAAUAAAGAACUCACUUGUAUGGUUAGCCAAGAUCUAGGCUACCAAAUUUUUGCCACUGCAUCCUCCUUUUAUCUACCACUAUUAGUUAUUCUCAUCCUCUAUUGGCGAAUCUUCCAAACUGCCCGAAAGCGUAUACGAAGGCGUCAAGCAACAAGUGGAGGUGCUGGAGGAGCUGGAGCCCCAAAAAAUCCAGCUGCGGGCGGUGUUAUUGCGGCUGCUAGUGGUAGUGGAGGAAUAGCAGCGGCAGUAGUGACAAUCAUAGGUCGACCUUUACCCACCAUAUCUGAGACAACAACCGCAUUUACAACAGUAUCAUCUGCGAACACAAGUCCAGAGAAAACAUCAUUUGCCAAUGGGUUAGAGCCAGACCCACCUACAACCGAUAUGGUCUCAUAUCAACCUCAACAAUCUUCCCAUCAUCAUUAUCCAGUGAAGAGGAAAAGUAAAGAUGCAAUGGAUUCGAAACGUGAGCGUAAAGCUGCAAAAACUUUGGCAAUAAUUACGGGUGCUUUUGUGAUGUGUUGGUUACCAUUCUUUAUAAUGGCCAUAUUGUUACCAGUGUUUCGAACUUGGACAUUCAACGAAUAUUUAAUGUCGUUUUUUCUAUGGUUAGGUUAUUUUAAUUCAACGUUAAAUCCAAUUAUUUAUACAAUAUUUAGUCCCGAAUUUCGACAAGCAUUCAAACGAAUUUUGUGCGGGCGACGUGCCACAGCACGUCGACGAAAUCGACACUUUGGUGGUAUUAGACAUUUUCAAUGA